GUAAUUAUAGAAGCCUUUGAUAUCGUUGGUAUCUCAGCAUCACAAUUCCUGGUCGAAAUACUGUCUAAUAAUCAUUAUUCAAAUGAUAAAAUAGUUGUUGAUCUUCUGACCAAUAGUCAUUGCAUCAUAGAGCUUCUUGCAAGGCACUCACAUACAAUGGAGGAGUGGGCAAGCAACAUCAUGAGUGAUGUAUGUGUGCAGGAGGUUGGAGAUCUGUCCAGGAAGAAACACUACUCUCAUGUUACUGUGUCACAUACAUCUGUAGAACAACUAGAGGAAUUU